AUCGUUGAUUCGUUGAUAAGAGAAAAGUAGAGGAAAAAUGUUUCGUCUUCAAGUUUUGACGUUUCUGUUCAUCGCGGUGUUCGUCGUGGGCUUGGCUCUGCCUCAACAGCCAAAAAACAAGCGACCAACACCGGUAUUCAAACAAACGCUCGGACUCGAGUUGCCGAACAACGCAACCUCCAUAAGGGAAAAUAUAGUCGACACGUUCUCCUGCGAGGGCAGAAUUUAUGGUUAUUAUGCUGACAUCGAGAACGAGUGUCAAAUCUUCCACGUUUGUAUGCCACAGGCACGAGGAUCCUCCAGAUGGAGUUUCAUUUGUCCUGCUGAAACAGUUUUCAAUCAAGAAACUUUCGUUUGCACCCGAACCGAGAAUUCAAUUCCCUGCGAAGAAUCGGAUCAGUACUACGUGUUGAACGAGGACAUCGGUAAAGUGGAAGAGGAGGGAGAGGAGACGGAUAUCGGUGACUUGGGGCAAGCCCCACCGACGCCGUUCACGCGAGUUUUUCGUCGGGGUAAAAGUCGCAGAGUAAACGAUUCGACGGAGAGCAGUACUCCGGAGGUGGCGUCGUCGACGGUGGCGACGACGAGGAACGCGAGGAUUUUAUCAAGAGAAAAAUCCAGACAGGAGUAA